GCGUCGUUGUUUGUGGACUACUCGCUGGUCGACGGGCGAGCUAAGUAUCCGACAAUUUACGGUGCCUCCAUGGGGCAAACUGGGAAAUGCGGCCCGCCAUUGGGGAUCGCGCGUUAGUUAUCGCGAAUCGCGUGGCACUUUGCCUGGGCUUCGUUACAGCGAUCUCCUCGAUUCAGGAAUCUACUAUGUAGGGAUUGCUCAAGUGGAAGUGGGCCACAAAGCGGCACUGGCUGACUGGAAGGUUCUGAGUAUUGUGGGGCUGCAUCCGUGCAUUUGGUGCCAAGAUUCGACAUUAUCUCCAAUCCCGAAAAAGUCGACCCAAAAAACGUUAAAGAAGGACGAGAACAAGGCAAAAAAGUUUUGUUUGCAGGUUUGCGACAAGAACAGCGACACACGCUGGGAGUUGUCGCGGGGCAUGCCCAUCACAGAUAAUCGCAUCAGCUGGACGAGAUGAGCACUAGCAUCCUUCCUAGGGCCGGCCUCCCGGUCCGGCAGCUGUCGCCCACGCAAAUAUGUCGUCGCCUGCGACUGAAACCGUGCGCCCGCCGGUCCGCAUCCGCGCCUACUGUCGCUUACUCCGUCGUGUCGAGAGCCUCUUCCAGGCCGUCGCCGAAAUCGAGGCCUCAGUCGCCAAUCUCUUGCCCUAGGGCCUCCUUCCACACCACGCGGCCCCUGCUCGCUACACCGCGCGACCCGUACGGCGUCCUGGGCGUCAGCAAAAACGCAUCGGCCGCCGAGAUCAAGAAGGCCUACUAUGGCCUGGCGAAGAAGUACCACCCAGACACGAACAAGGACCCAACCGCCAAGGACAAGUUCGCCGAGAUCCAGUCCGCCUACGAGAUCCUGUCCGACCCGAAGAAGAGGGAACAGUUUGAUCAAUUUGGUGCCGCCGGGUUCGGUCCCAGUAGCGGCCCCAGCCCAGGGGGCGGCAGUCCGUUCGGAGCCGGACACCCCUUCAGCGGGUUCGGCGGCUCGGGCGGCUUCGGUGCCAACAUCAACUUCGACGACAUCUUCUCGGCAUUCACCGGCGGCGCGCAUCCGUUUGGCGGACGCGCCGGCCGCGGCGCCGGCGGGCCGUUCCAGACUGAAAUCAUGGAGGGCGAGGACGUAGAGGUGCAGGUGACGGUGUCGUUCAUGGAGGCGGCCAAGGGUACGAGCAAAACGAUUACCACGCUGCCGCUCGUGACGUGCAGGACGUGCUCCGGCAGUGGCUUGAAGCAGGGUACCAGGCGGUCGCAGUGCGGGGCGUGUAACGGGACAGGCACUCGCGUGCACUUCGUAUCCGGCGGCUUCCAGAUGGCCAGCACGUGCUCGGCCUGCGGCGGCAGCGGCUCCUCGAUCCCGCGUGGCUCCGAGUGCCGAUCCUGCCAGGGCGACGGCGUGGUUCGCGAGCGCAAGACGAUCACGGUUGACAUUCCGGCCGGUAUCGAGGACGGCAUGCGGCUGCGCGUCAACGGGGCAGGCGACGCACCGCCCACAGGCCGGGCCGCCAGCGAGAACGUGCGCGCCACCAACGGUGACCUCUAUGUCUUCGUCAAGGUCGCGCGCGACCCUCAGUUCACCCGGCAGGGUUCCGAUAUCCUGUACACUGCCACCAUCCCGUUCACCACGGCCGUCCUCGGCGGCGAGGUGACCAUCCCGACGCUCGACGGCGACGCCAGGGUCCGCGUCAGCACGGGCACCAACACGGGCGACAAGCUGACCCUCGCCGGCAAGGGCAUGCCCAAGCUCAACGGCCGGCGCGGCCGGAUGGGCGAUCUCAAGGUCGAGUUCCGCGUCGCGAUGCCCAAAUAUCUCACCUCCAACCAGCGGGCUCUCGUCGAGAUGCUCGCGGACGAGAUGGGCGACAAGUCCGCGAAGCGGAUCAUGAACCUGCAUAAGAAGUCCCACGACGACAAUGAUCCCGGCGCGCACAAGAACGAGGGCUUCCUCAAGUCCCUCUGGCACAACCUCACGAACCACCCGGCCCACCAGCAACAGCCCGAAGACGGCAGCGACGGCAGCAGUAGCAGCACCACUAAAAAGCCCGACGACGGCGAGACCAAGAAAUGAUCCAAGCGGGGGCCCCCCACCCUCCCUUCCUCCCACCUUCCCAAACCCCCCUCGGGCGUCUGUCUCAUCAGUGAGACAAUAAGGCGAAUUGUCGAUUGAGAAGAGGAAGAUAAGGACGGCGACGGCGACGAGGCGACGCCGAAUAUGUGUGACUGCAUCAAAACGGUACAUGUACAACUACUCUUUUCCCCUCCCAUCUCCACACCAUACUCGCGACCUCAUCAUCUCCUGAAAGGCCAAGCGAGGCCGAGUCAAAACGAAGUACUCGUUAAUUUGUACAAGCAGAUACGUACGACCUAGAUAAGGCUACCACUCCCACCAUUACAAGGGGCAGGAUUCGGUUCCAUCAUUCUAUGCUUUGAAUGCAUCAGGCGGUGUUUGAAAGGAGGGCGUGUUUCUUGGUUACACGGGUCAUGUACUGAUAUAUAGUCGGUUUUUUUAGAGAAGCGUGGGAUGUGUGUACUGCAUGUAGUUAACAAGACGGGUGUAGAAUAACUCCUGGGACUCCGAAUCAAGACCGCUCAAGCCAAAAUAUACACCUUCUCUUCUCUCCCACAACUCAGUCAACCCCUAUCAUUAUUUCCGAGUUUGCUGCAUUGACCAUACACCGGGGCCUGCAAGUUACCGCGCUAUCA